GAACUUCUAUGUGAUGAGCCUACUCAAUGGGAUUCAACAUACAUUAUGCUCAAUCUGUCCCAGGCUAUUGAUUGCUACCUCACAACUCAAACUAGCUUAUCCAAACAUGGAUUGAGUCUGAUGGAGUGGAUGGUCUUGCAAGACCUUGAAGUGAUUUUAGAGGUACCCCACACUUGCCAACAAUCAAUGUCCAGUGAAAAUACACCUAUGCUGAGUGGUGCAGUCUCUGCCUUAGAACAUCUGAUG